AUGGCCGACUAUGACAGCACAGAUAUCAAGGACGAGAAAGGUAUAGAAGUACUGAGUAUUUAUUUGUAUACUGAAUCUAAAAAAAAAAAGAGGUUUUUUUUCCAUACCUUUUUCUUUAUUUCUAACCACUUGGGAGUGAAAUAAGGAAAAUGUAAAUUAGACGAUUAGCUUACAAUUUGAAUAUAAGUGCUAAAGAAGGAAUGAUAGUAUUCAGACACUGUUGUAAUGGAAUCAUGAUAACCGAGAAAGCAGAACUUCACUUACAGACUGUUGAGUUUUGCAAUGGAAGAUUUUACAUUUUAAUCACACCCCAAUAAUAAUAAUUGUUGAGCUUGGGACACCUGUAGCUGAUAUUGAGUCAAACAUAGUCAUCUUGCAUAGUGAAUAAGUAGGGUCAUGAGCUGGGCAGAGGUACUCAACAAAAUUGUAUAGAGGUAGGUUCCGCCGGAGGUCCAACCCCUUACCUUUUAUGUACCAAACGGAACCUCUUUCACUUACUUAUUAAGACACUGCAUAUCUUUUAACUGGUGUUAACGCACCAUCUUUUAAAUAUAAAUAAAUCACUAAACUAAAAAGUUCUUUUUUUCGUGUGCCGGUUAGUCCUUUUAGGUCCUAUCAUAGACAGCAAUGACAGAUUUCCCCUCCUUUUCAUUUUCUGCAAAUAGUGAAACCCCAUACUAGGGAGUGAGCAGGGUGGGGAUUACACUGUGAAUUAGUUGGGUGGGAGCUGCUCUGGUGGCGCAUAAAACCCUCAGUGGCAGAUCCAGGGGAGGGGCCCAUUUUUCUUGUGCUCAAUAUAAUGUGAUACUAAGUGAUUCAUGUGGUUUUACAGCUCUUAGAGAAAAGAAGACAAAGGCAUUGGUGUCACUAAGUGUGGGACUUAUUUUUAUCUUAGUUUAAGGUAUGAUUACUUUUAAUGUUAAGUAAUUUAUAGCUUGACAUCAAUCAAUUUUACUACCAUCAAAUUGCUAUAAAAUUUAUUGCAUUUAACAAUUACUAAAAUUGGAUUUCUUUUAGGUUAAGUACACAGUUAACCUUAAUGUAGUACUUCUUGGAUCUCAAGAUCCUUCUAUUUUGAAACAAGAGAUUGAGCUGGAGCUCAAAAAAGAAACUGGUAAGAUUGUCCAAGAUUUGGCGGGAUGUAUGGAAUAAUAAGAGUCAGUUUCGUUGGUCUUAUUGUACAGCUUGCUUGUGCUCUUUCCUUUCUGAUUUAGAUGAUGGAAAUAUUAUUCAGUUUGACUGGUUCUCAGGAUUCUUUGGCAUCCCUUGUGGGAUAGUGUGGGGGGCUCAUGGUUUGGUUCCAUGGUAUGGGUGAGAGCAAUGUUCCAGAUAAGAGAUGCGUCUUUUGUCAAUGACCUGACAAAGACAGCUUCGUCACCUGAUGAUGACAUAUAUAUAAGUGUUAAGUUAAAUAUAGCAAAAAAAAUUAGCACACGGUCUUGGUGACCCCUCAGAUGGUCUACAUGACCCCCUGCUCGAAAGAAUUAACUGGAACGCUGUGAGAGACAGAAAAAGAGGUAAAUUUAAAUCGAAGAAUUUCCCCCACUUGUUGAGCAAGAUUUCUUUUUAAAGGGUACAGUGCGAUAGAAUAGCAAUGCUUGACCCCAGAGCCUCAGCUGUAUGGAUACCUGUGGACAUCAGUUCAUUGCACAUUUUUCAUAGCUAUACAGAGGCUUACCCCACCUUCCAUGCCUACAAUCACAAUAUUUCCAUGGCUCCACAUCAUUGUGUUUAUUAUUCAAAAACAGUAAUUGUUUUGUUGUUACGUGUCCAAUUUCUUUUCUUUUUUACAAUAUUAUUGGUCAGAUAUAUCUGCCAUAACACCAGACUACAGACUGACAGUAGAAGUGAAGAACAUAAAAGACGCUGCUGUGAUCGCAAAACUGACAUCCGGCCCUUUGGAAGGUAAACCUGUAAAGGAAAACCUGUCCUAAUUGCAAUAUUUUAUUGAUAAAUAAUUCAUGUAGGUGAAUUCCUCUGAAUUAUGAAUGAGUGAACAACUUUAUUGAAACUAAAACUAACUUUUAAUCCACAGAUCUGGAUGAUUAUUUUCAAAUCAGCUUUGUAAACAAGGAAAGCAAAAAUUACUCUUUCUUUGUGCUUCCCCAUGGAACUCCUGAGCCAAAUGGCAUUGAUGCAUAUGUUGGAAAAUAUCUCCACUGUAUCUUGUACAACAACAAAGGUAGGAAUAAUCUGAGUUUGGGUUUUAUGCCAGGUUUCAUGCACUUGUGCACCUUUCUCUUGCCAACAAGAUAGCCUGCUUGCAAGUUAAAAGUUAAGCUGCAGUGAUCAAGUGUUUUUUGUUGGUGUUCCCUAGAUUCCAAGAAGCUUGCUGCAGUGAUUGCAAACAUUAUCAGGAAUGUUUUUGUUAAUGAAGAAGAAGUCAAUGGAGCAUUAAGUUUAGUUUCAAAAAGGGAAUACACCAAGGUGAACAGUGAGAAACACUAAACACUAAGUUAUAAUUUAGUAUUAACAAUAAUUUGAUUAAGUACAUGGUCUAAGCCACUGACACUUUUUCCUCUCUAGGACACUGUGGAAAGUAUGAGAGCUCAGAAGUCAACAACUGGUUAGUUUGUCACCCCAGCAAUUCCUUGUGUAUAGGAUAGUUUAACACGUGUAUAGACUUGAAUCUCAUUCAAAAAUCAAGUUGUGGAAAUUUUUACUAACAAAUAACAUGUAUUUGCAUUGCCACUUAAUCUCAUUGGCGAAAUUUAAUCUAGUAAACAUGUUAAGUUAUUAAUUAGGAAUUACUAUUUUUUCAAGGUUUUCAGGUGUCUUUUACACUGUUGAAUUCUGAUCCAGAUUCAGUUCUGGCGGAGUGGGAUAUAGAGACUGCUGUUCAAAGUAAGUUAGUGCAAAACAAUGUGAGUUUAUAAGAGUUGUGUCAAGGUAGCCAAAGUUUUUGGUGUGGCAAAGUGAGGUCAGCUGGUAGGAAUUUUUGGGUGAGGAUGUGCUGCUGGGACUCCUAAACCCUUAGCCUACACAUAACCUAACUUAGUUCAGCUGAAUUUUGCCACCCUGUUAAAUUCCCUGCCUACUUCUUGUAUUUAGCUGGUUCCUUGAAAUCUUAGUUACAGCCCUGAUUAAACCAAAGAUAAAUAUAUUUGAACCACAACAGCUAUACCAGUUUUUCCUAGUCUAGACUAAUACCUUCAACCAAUCAAUCAGUUUCCUGGAAAAUGAUACCCUAUUCUAAACCCAAACUCUCUGAUUUCCCCCCACCACCUGAAUGAGUCCCAUUCUCUGAAUAAGCAAUUUUCCCUGAAUGAAUUGCUCAAUGCAUGUACAUUCAGAAUGUCAGUAAGCAUUUUGAGGCGAAGUUUAUUAUAGGUUGGUUAGAUACUCCCAACUUUCAAGUUGCUGAUGACCUACCAUAAAUCAUCGAUUUAGUGCCGCUACUGGAAUAAACACCGCACCUUUAUAAAAAUAAUUUAAUAACUGCCACUCUCGAAUAAGCCCCGCAGCACUAAUUUGGGUGUUUAUGUUAUAGGUCAAAUUUGUUUAGUUGACUCUCAAUGUCCUUUGCCAGGUCUGCAAGGGCCAGGAGACAAAGAAAAUCGAGAAUCAACCUAGGUUAAAUCAAAAUUAACCUGAAAUAAAAUUUGAUCUGUAACAUUUACAAAUUAACAAAUAAACGCCACACCUUUGUUACAGCACUUGAUAUAAAGAGAUGUCAAAACUGUUUUGCUUGACAAAUAAGACCAUGACUAACUCGUGAGUUCUAAAGUUUUAACGUAGGGAAACUCUCGAAACAGGGUUCAUAUUACGGUUGAAGGUGUACAUAUUUGUCCUUUUUUGUGCACAACUCUGAGUUCUCUCUAUAUUCCCCUCAGUGUUUUACCCCUAGUUGAAAUAAGCACUUGCUUUUGAUUAUAAGUGUCACUCCUUUAACAGGGAAAAUGAAAUAAGCACUGCGGCGCUCAAUUGAUCAUUUAUGGUAUUUGCUUCUUUUGUAGAAUAUUUAGAUCCUUUCCUGCUAAAGUUUCCUCACUUGGAUAUCAGUGUUGAUUCCCAGGUAAGGUGGCCUAAGUGUUUGUAUUGUGAUACGAUAUCUUUGCAGGGAAUUUAAUUUAUUCUAGAAAGUUUAUCAUGCAUCAAAUGCAAAUAGGGACUGGUGUGGGCCUUCAGUUCACUUAAAUUUACAAUCUUGUGUUUAAGUUUCAGAACUGCUUAGAAUUUGAUAAUGUUCUUGCUCAUUACACUGAUUGAGUUAACAGUACUUUGAUCUUACAACAGGUUCUUCAUUAUAGCAGCAUUCAAAUCAAUCCAAGAAAAGAUGGAGAAUCUUUUUAUCUUCCCUAUGAUGACUUACCUCACAUGAUAAAUCCAAUUGAAGCAAAGCUAGGUAAAUUAUGUCGUGAAUAUUAAUUUAAGUUGAAGCGUUGAAACAAGAAUUCACACUCUAUCAUCAUAUUUUUUAAGGAAAUAUGAAAGAAUGUUAACAUAGUAUCUCUUAUACACAUUAAGAGAAAAAUUUGACCUUUUUGGAUCUGUUAAUGGUUUGACUGAAGAGUUUACAAUAGUCAACAUAAGCAUUCUGAUGAAUCAAAUUGAUUCAAAAGUAAUUUGAACAAUAAUUUAAUCAAUCAUUAUUUUUUUAUCAAUCAGUCUGAAGAUAUCAAUCAUUCAAUGAGUCAACCAAUCAUCAGCAAUAAUUAAUGAUAUUUAAAUACAAUGUUAAUCAAUCAGUCAGUCAAUCAAUCAAUCAACCAGUCCUCAAUAAUUUAACCGGGUAACCAACUGUCCAUUAUAAUAUGUGUAUGCUAGUUAAUGCACUGAAAUGGUGAAAAAAAAGAAAGAGUCUUCUUGCAGCCUAUGGAAUCCCUCUACACAAGGAACAUGAAAUAGGAGAGACUGUAGUCAAUUUCCAAGGAGUUUUCAGUGAAAAUAUUAUUUUGUUCAUUUACAGGCUCACAUAUUUCAUUGUAUCCAAGCUUGAAUUUUGUUGUUUACGUGCCUUCUCAGAGACAUACACCUCUUUAUAUGAGAACCAAGGAUGGUGAGAGAUUAAUAUACAUAGCUGUUAAAUAGUUAAAAACAAAACAUAAAACUUAAGAUCAGUUUAUCCAGCUUUUCUUACUCUAGGGCCAUUCAUAUAGGGAAAGUAUAAAGAUAUACCUUUCUUGCACAAAGACAUUUUUGUUUGAAUUAAUACAAAAGUGUCUUAUUUUUAGUCUUAUACACAGCCCUGCUGUUGACAUCAGAGAACAUCCCCUAGUGGUUUCAAAAUCUAACUGAAGCAGUUCUCUGUUCAGCUCAGCAGCUGUACCAGUCCUAUAGUUACAGAAUCCCACCUACGUCCACUGUCAGCUUCCUGCCUGAGGGUUCCUAGAAGAUGAACGUACAUGGAACCCUUGUCAAUGCCACGCCUUUCGAUUCCCUGACUCUUCUUAGUCUUUCUGAGCCAGUUUUUCUUUCACCCCAUUUUAAGCUCCGAUCUCUUUUCUUUUUAUAUCUCUCAAGGCCAGCAAAGCAGUAGCAAUGCAUUCUUGAGUCCACAAUGGGGUGGAAUCAUGAUUUGCAAUCUUCAACAGACUGCACCAACGAACAGUACCAGACCACAGUGGAUAGAGGUUGAUAUGAAACCCGUUAUGAACACAUUCCUGGCUCAACUGAAGCUGUUACUGGGAGUUAAGCCUGUGGUGAGGAUUCAACUUUUUCCAUUCUCACAGACUUUNUUAGCUGGUUCCUUGAAAUCUUAGUUACAGCCCUGAUUAAACCAAAGAUAAAUAUAUUUGAACCACAACAGCUAUACCAGUUUUUCCUAGUCUAGACUAAUACCUUCAACCAAUCAAUCAGUUUCCUGGAAAAUGAUACCCUAUUCUAAACCCAAACUCUCUGAUUUCCCCCCACCACCUGAAUGAGUCCCAUUCUCUGAAUAAGCAAUUUUCCCUGAAUGAAUUGCUCAAUGCAUGUACAUUCAGAAUGUCAGUAAGCAUUUUGAGGCGAAGUUUAUUAUAGGUUGGUUAGAUACUCCCAACUUUCAAGUUGCUGAUGACCUACCAUAAAUCAUCGAUUUAGUGCCGCUACUGGAAUAAACACCGCACCUUUAUAAAAAUAAUUUAAUAACUGCCACUCUCGAAUAAGCCCCGCAGCACUAAUUUGGGUGUUUAUGUUAUAGGUCAAAUUUGUUUAGUUGACUCUCAAUGUCCUUUGCCAGGUCUGCAAGGGCCAGGAGACAAAGAAAAUCGAGAAUCAACCUAGGUUAAAUCAAAAUUAACCUGAAAUAAAAUUUGAUCUGUAACAUUUACAAAUUAACAAAUAAACGCCACACCUUUGUUACAGCACUUGAUAUAAAGAGAUGUCAAAACUGUUUUGCUUGACAAAUAAGACCAUGACUAACUCGUGAGUUCUAAAGUUUUAACGUAGGGAAACUCUCGAAACAGGGUUCAUAUUACGGUUGAAGGUGUACAUAUUUGUCCUUUUUUGUGCACAACUCUGAGUUCUCUCUAUAUUCCCCUCAGUGUUUUACCCCUAGUUGAAAUAAGCACUUGCUUUUGAUUAUAAGUGUCACUCCUUUAACAGGGAAAAUGAAAUAAGCACUGCGGCGCUCAAUUGAUCAUUUAUGGUAUUUGCUUCUUUUGUAGAAUAUUUAGAUCCUUUCCUGCUAAAGUUUCCUCACUUGGAUAUCAGUGUUGAUUCCCAGGUAAGGUGGCCUAAGUGUUUGUAUUGUGAUACGAUAUCUUUGCAGGGAAUUUAAUUUAUUCUAGAAAGUUUAUCAUGCAUCAAAUGCAAAUAGGGACUGGUGUGGGCCUUCAGUUCACUUAAAUUUACAAUCUUGUGUUUAAGUUUCAGAACUGCUUAGAAUUUGAUAAUGUUCUUGCUCAUUACACUGAUUGAGUUAACAGUACUUUGAUCUUACAACAGGUUCUUCAUUAUAGCAGCAUUCAAAUCAAUCCAAGAAAAGAUGGAGAAUCUUUUUAUCUUCCCUAUGAUGACUUACCUCACAUGAUAAAUCCAAUUGAAGCAAAGCUAGGUAAAUUAUGUCGUGAAUAUUAAUUUAAGUUGAAGCGUUGAAACAAGAAUUCACACUCUAUCAUCAUAUUUUUUAAGGAAAUAUGAAAGAAUGUUAACAUAGUAUCUCUUAUACACAUUAAGAGAAAAAUUUGACCUUUUUGGAUCUGUUAAUGGUUUGACUGAAGAGUUUACAAUAGUCAACAUAAGCAUUCUGAUGAAUCAAAUUGAUUCAAAAGUAAUUUGAACAAUAAUUUAAUCAAUCAUUAUUUUUUUAUCAAUCAGUCUGAAGAUAUCAAUCAUUCAAUGAGUCAACCAAUCAUCAGCAAUAAUUAAUGAUAUUUAAAUACAAUGUUAAUCAAUCAGUCAGUCAAUCAAUCAAUCAACCAGUCCUCAAUAAUUUAACCGGGUAACCAACUGUCCAUUAUAAUAUGUGUAUGCUAGUUAAUGCACUGAAAUGGUGAAAAAAAAGAAAGAGUCUUCUUGCAGCCUAUGGAAUCCCUCUACACAAGGAACAUGAAAUAGGAGAGACUGUAGUCAAUUUCCAAGGAGUUUUCAGACUUUUAUAAUAAAACAAGUAAAUGUCCGAGUGUAUAAAGUAACAUAGGUUCGAACUUAAAACAACAAAUGCACGGAAGAGUCUCUGUAUGUGGAGAAAUAUACUCUUGGUUCCUACCACUCUCUAAUUAUUACAUAGCUGUUAAAUAGUUAAAAACAAAACAUAAAACUUAAGAUCAGUUUAUCCAGCUUUUCUUACUCUAGGGCCAUUCAUAUAGGGAAAGUAUAAAGACAUGCCUUUCUUGCACAAAGACAUUUUUGUUUGAAUUAUUACAAAAGUGUCUUAUUUUUAGUCUUAUACACAGCCCUGCUGUUGACAUCAGAGAACAUCCCCUAGUGGUUUCAAAAUCCAACUGAAGCAGUUCUCUGUUCAGCUCAGCAGCUGUACCAGUCCUAUAGUUACAGAAUCCCACCUACGUCCACUGUCAGCUUCCUGCCUGAUGGUUCCUAGAAGAUGAACGUACAUGGAACCCUUGUCAAUGCCAUGCCUUUCGAUUCCCUGACUCUUCUUAGUCUUUCUGAGCCAGUUUUUCUUUCACCCCAUUUUAACCUCCGAUCUCUUUUCUUUUUAUAUCUCUCAAGGCCAGCAAAGCAGUAGCAAUGCAUUCUUGAGUCCACAAUGGGGUGGAAUCAUGAUUUGCAAUCUUCAACAGACUGCACCAACGAACAGUACCAGACCACAGUGGAUAGAGGUUGAUAUGAAACCCGUUAUGAACACAUUCCUGGCUCAACUGAAGCUGUUACUGGGAGUUAAGCCUGUGGUGAGGAUUCAACUUUUUCCAUUCUCACAGACUUUCAUACUUUUUUACAGCUUACACCCCAAAAACUAGUCUCCAACAUGGCCAUUUUUGUCUGCUCACGCAUUGUCCUCUGUGAUGAUUGUCUUGUCUUGUUCCUUUGUUCCCUAAACUGUAGUUCCCUUGUUCCUUAUUCCUUUGUUAUCUUGUUCCUUUGUUUCCUUCUUCCCUUGUUUCUUUGUUGUUUUGUUCCCUUGUUCCUCUCGUUCCCCUUUCUCUCUUGUUCUCCUGUUCCCUUGAUGCCCUUGUUCCCCUGUUCCUUUGUUUCCCCUCUUUCCCUACUCCCCCUGUACCCCUUGUUGCCCCUGUUCCCUUGUUCUCUCUGCUCCCCUUGUCCCCCCGUUCCCCUGUUCCUCUGUUUCCCUUGUUCCCCGGUUUCCCUUGUUUUCGUUUCCCCCCUAUUCCCAUUGUUCUCCUUGUUCCCCUUAUUUCCCUGUUCCCUUUGUUCCCCCUGUUCCUCUUGUUCCCCUGUUCCUCUGUUUCCCUUGUUCCCCCAGUUUCCCUUGUUUUCCUUUUCCCCCUGUUACCCUUGUUCCCCAUGUUCCCCUUGUUUCCCUGUUUCCCCAUUCCUCUGUUUUCCUUGUUCCUCUGUUCCCCUGGUUUCCCUUGUUUUCGUUUUCCCCUGUUUCCCUUAUCAUUGUCUUGUAAUGCCUUGCCUUGUAAUGUCUUGUCUUUUCUUGCGAUGUCUUGUCUUUUGUUGUCUUGUGUUGUAAUGUUAUGUCUUGUCAUCUUCUCCUGUCUUGUAAUAUCUUGACUUGUCUUUUCUUGUUAUAUCUUGUAAUAACUUGUCAUGUCUCGUCUUGUAAUGUCUUCUCAUGUCUUGUAAUUUCUUGUCUUGUAAUAUCUUAUUUAUCUGGUCUUGUAAUGUCUUGUCUCAUCUUUUAUUUCUUGUCUUCUAAUGCCUUGCCUUGUAAUGUCUUGUCUUGUAAUUUCAUAUCUUUUCUCAUCUCAUCUUGUCUUGUAAUGUCAUGUCUUGUCUUGUAUUGUCAUGUCUUGUCUUGUAAUGUCAUGACAUAACUUGUCAUGUGUUGUCUUGUUUUGUAAGGUCUUGUCUUUUCUUGACUUGUCAUGUCAUGUCAUGUCAUGUCAUGUCAUGUCUUGUCUUGUCUGUAAUGUUUUUGUCCUGUCUUGUAAUGUCUUGUCUUGGAGCAUUGCGAUGAGGAAAAUCGCCUACAAGAGUAGGCUUCUUAAAAAGCAAUAAGUUUGAUUAUAGACUUUUUAUAUUAGAGUUUUAGGUCUGCUAUCAGUCUAAAUAGACGUGUCUUUGAAACAGAUUAAAAAUGCGACUGAAUAUUCUCUUCUGUUUUCUAGCUUAAGAUAAUCCAAAUGUCUAAAUGUCAUUUUGAUUCAUGCCCGUAAUAGGUUAUUCAUUUCCAAAAACGAUUUAUGUUGUCUCUUUUUCAAAUUUUUUUAUUGCGUUUUGCUCUAAAUGAAUACAAUAAAUUUUAUUGUAAUCAUUAUUUCCUUUUUUAAAGAAACUUGUAGAUGGCGUUGAAGUAAGAUUCCCAAAAGAUGUUGGAAUAACACAGUGGGUAAUGACCAUUAACAUAGUUCUUUCUUUGUUAACCCUUCAAGUCCCAAGAGUGACCACCAUCAAUUUUCUCCUAACAAUCUCCACACAUUGUCAAAAAAUUAAGGUUAUGAGAAUUAAUAAACUGAUCAGCAAAGGGAAAAUUCCUUGAUCUUUCGUUAAAUUCUCUCAAGUAAUUCUGUAAGGAAAUGUAUGAAUAUCAGUUUUGAGAAUUUGUAUGUGGAGAAUUAAGCGUAGACUGUAAGCAGUCUCUUCUUUGUCUGAUUUAGCAAGGGAAUUGCUCGCGCGCGCCAGUGUCUAAGCCACCAGACUGGAGAAACGAGGGUAGCAGCCUCUCCCCUCUUGCGCCUUCCGUCUCGCGCGGAUGGACUGAGAAAAAAAUUACUUCUCUUAAUCUAAACUUAGCCUCUAGUCAUGGUUAAGGCUUAACUGUACUCACAGGAACAGGAGUCACUGAUGAGACUGAAAACAAUGGAAUAUCUUGCCACCUCCACCAUCACGCUAACAUCCCUCGCCCAGCUGUUGGGAAAAAUCAGUAACAUGGUUAUUAAUGAUCACAUUCAACAGCAAGUGAAACAGGCGCUGCAUGCAGUCCAUCAGGUGUGACUAAUAUUCUAUCAUAUUCAACUCAAUGUUUUCGAUCAUUUUACAUUUCUGCGAAACUGCUCACCUACCCCUCCCCUGAGUCAACAUUUUGCCCUAAGUGGGAAGUAAGUGUUAAUGUUGGCUUCGGGGUAAGUUGGCAGUUUCCCAGAAACGUAUAAUGAUUUUACUGUAGAAUUUUAUAACGCAAAGGUUUUAUGUACACUCGUAUCGGAAAAUUUGGUGAAACUUCUCCUUUGGGAUACCCAUAUUCAGAGGACACUUUAAUUCAAGGGACCAAAAUUUUGUUCACGAAUAAAAAAAAUUAAUUCUAUUUGUAUCAGUGAGUACUGUUGAAGGGAUUCCUCGAUUUAGGGGAGACAUGUGCUGCUCCUGAGUUAGUCCCCUGAACGAAGGCUCGUCUGUGUAAUCUUUGUAUCAGCCACCUCUAUUGAAUGGACGCCCCUAUUAGAGGUACACUUUUUCUGGUCUUUAGUAUAUCCCCUAAAUAAAGGCUCCUCUCAUGGGGAAAAUCCAAGCGCGCAAGUCAAAUUUUUCAAAACACUUUGCAAAAGGUUUUCUUUAACUGGCUACGAAAAUGUAACUUUAUACUCUUCUUUUCUGUUCUUAUUUACUGUUUUCGCUGCUUGCUUCAUUGCAUCCUCCAAAUCUCUUGCUCCUUGCCAAGAAAAGGAAGCCUUGGCUGGUUGCGAGGGAGAUUGGAGGUUUACAUUCAGUGCUAAUGAGUGUGAACAUUUAUCGUCACCUUAUGUGGUAGGUUUUUGGUGUUGAGCACGGAUGCAAUCAGCAAAUGACUGAAAAGACAUAGAACAAUACCCACAUCACACCACAGCUGCGAACUUUCAACAGUUUCCGCUACACCAAGAAACACCCGGGGAGACACCCCCACACCGUAAAAUCCCUUGUUUAGCCCUGGGCUUAUAUAACUUCAUAAGGGGUUUUGGGUGGGCUUAUAAACGGGGGGCUUAUAUCCAGCGGGGGGUAGGGGGGGGAGCUUUAACCUCCCUUAUCUUUAUCUUCAUUUUUCUAAACUCAAAUAUAACUGAACGUUUUCUUGACAAACGCUUUUUCUUUGUAGUCUGUAACAGCCCUUGAGCACGGAAAUCUGACCGUAGCCGUUCUAACUGCCAAGACAGCCAUCAAAUCUUCGGGUCAGUAUAAAUCUUUUAUUUUUUGCAUUUUCUUGAACGGAAUAGCGCCGAACGCCCAAACUUCUACCCUCUCUCGAUUUAAGAGCGUUCUUUUACAAAUUACCCGAAGUAGCUAUUACUGGUUACAGGAAUGCCAUCUCGGGUGUUAUCCCUAUAUCAUCUGUUAGUAUGCUAAGCUCCAUCCAUUCUAGCUUGCGUAGCAAGCUCUUCCUUUUGGUUUCGGAUCAAAGAAAGACCGAGGGACGGGAUUUUCGGUUUUGGCCGCGCGAUAAAUGAAAGGAGAGCCAUUUUCGCGCGGUCUUUGGCUCUCGUUCCUCGUUCUUUGCUCCUAAACCGAACGGAAACGCUUGCUACGCAGGCUACACCCAUUCCCCUAUAUGAUAAGAUUCUGGUUAAAUGAUAAGCGAUACAAUGACGUUACAUUCUCACUUGUAAUCAACUCAGUGUCCUUCUUUCUUUCAGAGGAAGCAUUUUUCGACCCAUCAAUACUUGAGCUUUUGUAUUUCCCUGACGAUCAAAAGUAAGCAGUUAAAUUUUUAACCCUUUUUUAUUAUUGUUACCAAUGAUUAGAGUGAUUUUACUUGACCCAUGAAGCAGGUACUAACAGCUAGAGCAAAGCUCCAAGUAAACAAAAGAAUACUAUGGAAUUAGUUUAUAACAGUGCGUAACUACUACCUAUUUCACGGAUUAAGUACAAUCCCUGACUGUAACGGUAGUAUGUUUUAUUUCUUUUUUCUCGCAGGUACGCCAUCUACAUUCCUCUGUUUCUCCCCAUCAGCCUUCCAGUUUUGUUGUCUCUUAGACAAGCAAUAAUAUGGUACAGAGGAAAAGACGAUGAAGACAGCAAAGACGAGAAAAAAGACAAGCAAGAAUAA